CCGAGGAUCCGCCAUAUUCAAACCUCCGUUGGCUCGUUUAACCGAGCGUCAUUUUCCGUCCUCGUUUGUUUACAUUUGUAUGUUCGAUAAUCAAUAAAAAAAUACCUUAUAAUAGGACGAACCUCACCGUACAUGGAGGAGAGCGAGGACGCGACGCGUACCGGGAUGAAGAGUAAGAAGCAGCUCCGCAGGAUGGCCUCCAGGACGUCCAGCAUCGGACCCGCGGACCCCUCGGCGUCCCCCGAGGCCCAGGGCCACAAUAGGAAGAAACCCCCGCUGCAGAGAGGAAGCUCCUUCACCUUCCUGACUCCAGGGACGCCAUGGGACUUCAGCCUGAAAAGAAAACGCAAAGAAAAGGACGACGACACAGUCAGUCUCUCCAGCUUCGAUCUCAAGGAGCCUAGCAACAAGCGGGUGAGGCCGCUGGUCAAGGUGACCUCCUUGGCCAACCUCAUGUCACCGUCCAAGAAUGGAGCCGUCCGGCGCUUUGGACAAACCCUCCAGUCCAUGUCCAGCAAGUCUCCAGGGAUGUCCCUGAGAGCCAGCAGCAAGGGGGCCGGCCCCACCCCCACCAAGCGCAGGAACAGCACCCUGUGGUCCGAGAGCCUGGACGUCCACCAGAAGAGCACCUUCUCCACCAAGGAGAUCAAGAGACAAGAGGCCAUCCAUGAACUCUACAGAGGCGAGCAGGAUCUCAUCGAAGACCUCCAGAUGGCACGAAAGGCGUACCACGACCCAAUGCUGAAGCUGUCCAUCAUGACCGAGGAGGAGCUGGCCCACAUCUUCGGGGAGCUGGACACCUACAUUCCCCUUCACGAGGAUCUGUACGCAAAGCUCACAGAGAGUGCUGCCGGUCCCAGCGGCAUCGUCGGCCAGAUUGGACAGAUCAUUAUAGAUUGGCUCCCGGGCCUGAACUCCUACAAGGUGUACUGCAGCCACCAGCUGGCCGCCAAGGCCCUGCUGGACCAGAAGAAGCAGGACAAGCGUGUGCAGGACUUCCUGCAACGCUGCCUGGAGUCGCCCUUCAGCAGGAAGCUGGACCUCUGGAGCUUCCUGGACAUCCCGCGCUCGCGCCUGGUCAAGUACCCACUCCUGUUCCGGGAGAUCCUCCGCCACACGCCCGCCGAGCACCCGGACAUCGCCAGCCUGGAAAAGGCCAUCGCCAUCAUCCAGGGGAUCCUGUCCGACAUCAACGUUCAGAAAGGAGAGUCGGAGUGCCAAUACUACAUCGACAAGCUGGAGUACCUGGACGACCGGCAGAGAGACCCGCUGAUUGACAGCUGCAAGAGCUUAUCGUGCCACGGCGAGCUGAGGAACAAGAGCGGCUCGAAGCUGCACGUGUUCCUGUUCUCCGAGCUGCUGGUGCUGACGCGGCCCGUGACCCGCAACGAGAGGAGCUGCUUCCAGGUGUACCGGCAGCCCAUCCCCGUCCGGGACCUGGCCCUGGAGGACCUGCAGGACGGCGAUGCCCGCAUGGGAGGGUCCUUCAGGGGGGCCUUCACCAAUGGGGAGAAAGCCAAGAACGUGUUCCGCGUCAGCUCCCUGGACCCGUCCCACGGCCAGUCCCACACGCUGCAGGUCAACGACGUCUACCACAAGCAGCAGUGGCUCAACUGCCUGCGUGGGGCCAUGGCCCUGCAGCCCGCCGGGCCCCCCAGGGUCCGGACGGAGACCACCGCUGGCCCGGUCUCCUCCCGGCGCCGCUCCUCCACCGUCUCCCUGGACAACGAGGAGGCGGACGAGAACCACUGCCCCGACGCCGUCGCCCCGUCGCAGUCCAAAACGAGGCUGGAGAAGAGGUUCCGCGGGUCACUGAGGAGAAAGGAGACGGGGGUCUAGGAGGCCCGGGGAGUGUUGGAGACGCUCCUGUGUGUGUGUGUGUGUGUGUGUGUGUGUGUGUGUGUGUGUGUGUGUGUGUGUGUGUGUGUGUGUGUGUGUGUGUGUGUGUGUGUGUGUGUGUGUGUGUGUGUUGCUGUUGGAAUGCGGCCGUGCGUUUUGAACGUAACGAUGAUUUCAGGUGAUAAACCAUUGUGUUGUAAGUGUGAGUCCAGUGGCUGUUUACCUUGGCCUUGCUGACUUUAUAUAGGUAACGGGGAGGGGGAAAUCCCCUCCAAUCACUUCCGUCCAAAAAUUAUGUUUAACUUUUCUUUUUUCCGAUUUAGAGGGGUGAAAAAAUAAGUGUGUAUUUAGUUUACAAAAUAUGUUUCUGAUGUUUGUUUACGUGCAGCAGUUAAAUAGUUGUGGAAUUUGUUUCACAUCGUUUGACAUUCAUACCACUGUUGUAGCUCUUAAGAAUUUGAUUAUUCUAAAUUCUAACUGAUUUCUUUGUUAUUUUUUUUAAAAGUGUCUUUGUGAAGGCAAGAACAAAAACGUCCACUAUUCAAAUAUUGAUAUGUAAAUCGAUGUGUUUCGGGGAAGACGAAUGUUGUGGUCCAAGAGAUUUGAGGUCUUUUGAGAACUUGGAUUCAUUUUUUAUCAUUAACGAAACAUUUCAUAGAAAUUUGUGUAGUGAUGCCGUGUUGUAAUUUGUGCAUAACAUUGUUGGAAUCUGUUGUUGUGUAAUGUGAAUCUUGUUACAUACUGAGAAUGAGAACAGGGAAAAAAAAGUGCUUAAAAUAUCCUGUAUUUGUCUGUUUACCCAAAUGACAUUAACUUAGAUGAUUGUAUUUACAUAUUCACAUUCACAUUAAGUGGUAUUAAAUAUGUACAAAUUA